AUGUCGUCAAAAGAUGCUGAGUGGAGCAAACACAAAGAAGAAGUCUCCUCCCUCUACCGCAAGAACCCACUAAAUCGGGUGAUGAAACACAUGAUCGCGAAGCAUGGAUUCCACAGGAAGGAAUCUGAGUACAAGAAGAAGCUCAAAGCUUGGGGGGUGAGGAAGAACGGUACGACCUCAGCAUGGGUGUUUGUGCAGCGAGAGGUUGCCAAACGAAAAUUACAGGGGAAAGAAGAUUACGAGGUGCUUAUGCAUGGGAAGAUCUACACGGCUAAGCAGGCAGAGAAGGAAAUGGCGAGACAUGUUACUUAUACUACAAACUUUGCGUUGGAAGGGGAGUAUGACACCGCACCAGAGGGCGUGGAGGUUCGUACGCCUCGACUGAUGCCGAGGUCGUUGGUCCCUACGAGGGAGGUCCGCACUGAUAAUCUCCCUUGGAUAUUAUUCAAGUAUCAAAGUCAGUUUGCGGUAGUGCGAUCAUUCAGCACACCAGCCGCAAAUGUUGACAUGCUUAACUUACCAUUCAAUCCGGUAGAUGGACAAUCAUAUAGCCAAUCAGGCCCUUUGGCCCUCAACCAUAGGGCUCUGGGAGGCGCUUGUGAGGUUUCAUCCGUUAAUCAAAGGAACGUCUUCGAUCUUUUCUUGCAGGACUGGGACGGCGAUCAAGAUAACCGAAUCUCUGGAUCAGGGUUCGAUAGUUCAAUAUUGUCAGCCCCUGAACCUGCCGGGGGACACUCUGCACUAACAGUCAUUCAGAAAUUAUCUAUACAACAGCGUAUUAACACCGAGAAUCAACAAAUUGAUUUGGACCAGUUGACUGGGUUCCUGAAACGGUACGAAGUCGAAAAUCCUGGGAUCGAGUCGAGUCUUCUCUCUCGCGACCUCGGCGGAUUCGAUGAUCCCUCGCACCUGAGACAAGUAUUCAACACGUUCGUAUUCCUUAUCACGAACAACCUCAUGAAUAUGGAAGAUAUCGCACGUGUCUUUUGGUGGAGUGGGGCAAAUAAAUACAACUGGGUUUUCAAGGAGGUCUUCAAGCUGCAAUGCCCAACGGUUAACGUCCUUGCGACCAAACUGAUCCCAGCAGCCGUACAGGCGGGAGACGUGGAGCUUGUUUUGAUGCUCCUAUCGCGAGGUGUCAAUGUUAACGUUUCAUAUUCACGGAUGCCCUUUGUUGGAUGGUCAAAUCUUCUAUCGAUGGCUGUCGAUUGCCGCAAUAUCCAUAUGGCGAGACUUCUCUGCGCCAAAGGAGCAACCCCUACAGUGUCGAGAUUCGCCGUCUAUAACAGAAAUACCGAGUCCAUUGAUACACUGUGGUGUAGCCAUAACCUUGAUCUCCUUUCCUUGCUGUUAACAUAUCACGCGGAUCCAGAAACCUUCGUUUCUGACGAAAUGAGAGGAUUCCCUCUGGUACAUGCUGCUUCCAAGGGCCACUUUAACGCAGUUUCCCUCCUGCUCAAGGCUGGCGCCCGAACACAUUGGUAUACGCGAGAGCAUGGCACCGCUCUCCAAGCCGCUGCCGCAUAUGGCCACGAAGGCGUCGUCCGCAUACUGAUUGAGGCCGGUGCUGAUGUCAAUGCCAUACUGGAUCACUGGCACCCCUCCUGGACACGUUCAAGAGAGCGAUGUGCGACUCUGCUAAGUCCGCUUGAUCUCGCAGCAAAAUUCAACCAUACCAGAGUCGCCCAGAUGCUGCUACUGAGUGGUGCUCGCACAAACUUCUGUCCGAGUGUCGAACGGUUUGGCUUGCAGGUGUUGGAAACCGAGUUUGCA